AUGGACGGUCUAAAACGCGCAAAGAUAAAACGUGGCGCUCAACACGCACAAGCAACUAAAAUUUGGAACAAAGCUGAACUACUCAUAAACGGUGAAAUGAACGAAGUUAAUAUUGAGAAACUACGGGUCAUUCUGGCAACGUACGACGCGAAAAUCGAACUACUUCGAAAGUUGGAUGAGACUGUAUCAGAUCUAAUCGAAGACGAAAAGGGCUUAGAGACGGAGAUCUUUGAAGCCGACGACUAUUUAACGGAACUGACUAAAAAGAGGUGCACCAUAGAAUUAUUUAUCAAUCAAAGCACAAUCCAUAGUAAUUCGUUAGAUAGCCAUAUGGCUACCACAACACCACAAAACGGACACGUUUUUCCUACUCAAAGUACGCCGCCACAAUCGCAUAAUACAAAUAGUCAUAGAUUACCGAAGUUAGCCCUGCCAGUAUUCAACGGCAACGUGUUAAAAUGGCAAACCUUUUGGGACUCGUAUAAAGUCGCUAUACAAGAAAACGCCAGCCUAAGCGACAUACAAAAAAUUACAUAUCUCAAAGCUCAAGUGUCAGGUGAAGCCGCGCAAUCAUCGAAGGUUUACCGCUUACAGAGUCAAACUACGAGCAAUGUAUUGAAAUUUUGGAACAGAGAUUUGAUCAACCCCACAAAAUAACUAACGCACACAUGCAAGCCUUGUUUGAUCCACCAUGCCCUUCAAAUUCAGUGUCUACCCUGCGCCAAUUUUACGAUAGCAUGGAAAUCAUAUUCGAGGUCUCGAGGCGUUAGGAAAGAAACAAGACACCUACGGUGACCUUUUAAUCCCCAUUGUUUUGGGUAAACUUCCCACUACAAUCAAACACAACUUAAUUCGAGAGAACGGUUCAACUAAAUGGUCAGUAGAACAAUUACGCAAAUCAAUUUUGAAAGAAAUUCAAAUACUAGAAGCUGGGGAAGUACUCUUUCAGUCAAAGGCAAAACCUGUCAACACCCUACCAUCAACAUCGAGUCUACUGACAAACGCAUCCGGAAAGUUUGGAAACCAUGCCAACGCAAAGGAAUUUUACACGCCUAAAAAUCGUCCUACAAACAAGAGUUUAUGCAUUUUCUGUCCGGGCCAUCACCGCCCUAACGAUUGUACUGUAGUAAAGGAUCCCACAGCCCGUAAGAAUAUUGUUUUCCAAGCGAAGUUAUGUUUUAACUGUUUGAACAAUCACCGCGUAUCUGAUUGUAACUCGAGAAAUCGCUGUCGAGGGUGUCACAAGAAACACCACACGAGUCUUUGUAAUAAAACGAACAAAGAUGCGACAAAAAAUACCGGAAAAAAUCAACCCACUCGUCGACAAAACCCCGGACCGUGUCCACACGUCUCUGUCAUUCAACGACUACUAUGGGAGACAAACACUCCUCAAAAACUGCCACUAAUACGAUAG